AUGCCAAUUUUCCUUAUAUUUAUGAAGUACCAGAUCAUCCGCUCAUCCUACACUGGCAUAAUUGUUCAGCCACUGCCACCUGCCCCUCUCACCCCACAACCACCUGCUUGCCCUCCUCACCCUCUGCCUCUCGCCCCUACCAACAGCCUUCAAGAACGCCAAAUGAUGCCAAACAUGGAGGUUCAGCAUUCACCGCCUGCCUCUUGCCUUCUGCCACCACCACCCCCUCCUCUCACCCCUCUGACACCAUCUGGAGGAGUCCAGAUGAAGGCAGUUGUGAAAGAGGAAGGGGCCCAGCGAAUUUCGCAAGUCCCACACCCCCAGGUGCCAUCCCAUUGGUGCACAAAUGGCCCCAAACUGCAACACUCGGGGUUGUUCGGGCUUGUUCUCACCCUGCCACCCACCUGGUUCACCCCACCAUCACCCCCUCGCCCUCCUCACCCUCUGCUGCUGCGUCUUGCCAUCCGACACCCCCAGGGGCUGUCCAACAACGCCCCUGGUGCACAAACGAUUCACCCCACCACCACCCCCUUGCCCUCCACUGCCCCUUCUCACCAUCCAACACCCCCAGGGGCCAUCCAACAACACCCCUGGUGCAUGAAUGACCCUGAACAGCACCUUUCGGGGUUGUUCGCGUUCAUUCUCGCCCUGCUGCCUGCCUGGUUCAUCCCACCACCACAUGCUCGCCCUCCUUGCCCUCCACCGCCCCUUCUUGCCCAUCCAACACCCCAGGGGCCGUCCAAUGAUGCCCCCAGUGCACGAACGAGCCUGGCAUUCACAGUUGUUCUGUGCCCCACCUGCCCCUUCUCGCCCUUCCCCCCUCCCUCUUGA